AUGCGUAAUAAUGAAAAAGCGAAACUACAUGAAAAUAUUAAACAAGAAAUUCGUUCACUAUUAAUCAGUUCACCAAAAACUAAGCAUGGAGGAUUAACAGGUUCAUUAUUAUAUUCGGAUUAUAAAACAUUAAAUUGUGGUAAAGAAGUACCAUAUGCUGAACUUGGUUAUCAUUCAUUUUUGGCUUUACUACGUUCAAUGCCCGAUGUUGUUCGAAUCGAAUGUAAAGAAAAUAGUAUAUCAUAUCGUGUUCAUCCAGUGUAUGAUGAAACAACAGCACAUAUUCAAAAACUGGUAUUUGAACAACGAGACAAAUAUAAACAACAAAAUCGAUCAUACAAUCAUAAUUGGCAAUCAAAUAAAAAUAUGAAACAGAACAAAUUUACUGCAUUUACUUUUUAUCAUCAUACACAAUUACCAUUUUUCAAUAAUUCUUCAUCUUGUUCUACAUUUAAUAAUAGUCAACUCAAUUCUUCGAAUCAAUCUCAUCGUAGUAAUAAACUCUUUUUUGGGAAAUUGAUUCCACAAAAAUUAUUUAUAUCAAACGAUCAACGAAAACAAAAUUCUUUUCUUAUUCCGUCGUCAAAAUCAACCAUUUAUAAAAACCAAAAUGGCAUGAUUAACAUUCAGACCAUGGACAUGUUGUCCCAUGAACCUUUAAUAUCAAUUAACAAUCAUGAACAUUGUUCACAUGAAUCUACUUGUCUAGAAACACCGCCGAAUUUUGAUCUUAACGAUUAUUGUCUAGAUGAAUUAAAUACAAUGAGUGAAAAAGAUAUCAAAGAAGUAAAUAACAAUAAUUCAUCGAUCCAUCAUAAUAUUAAUUUAUCUGAUGAUCCAUUUCUAACAACAUCACCCAACAGGAUUCUAAACGAUCCAGUCAAAUCACCAACAGAUCAAUCAUUAAUGCCAUCGACAACGUCAAUAAUAACCAAUUCAGCUGCAAAAGUUUGCAGUAAUAAAAAUAUUUCAUCGGCAAUAACGGAUGGACAUCGAUCGAAUAACUCAAUCCAUCCUGUCCAGUCACGUUUAACUAUUCUAGAAGAAGAAAAGUUACAAUCAAAUAAGGAAAAUUUAUUUGAAAUUUCUCGUUGUAAUAAAAAAGAACAACCUAACACGGACGAGCAUCCAAAACGAAUAUAUGAUGCACAAUGUCAAUGUAUUCAUUUUCGUUAUAUUCAUCGAUUAUACCAAAUAAAAUUUGAAUAUCGUGAUUAUCCAUCUUCAAGGGAAAUAUUAUUAAUGAAAUAUAAACUAGAAGAAAUUGCUUAUGAUAAAUAUCAACAAGAUUUAGACGAAUGUGAAAAAAGAUUUCAACUAAACGAGCCGUUCGACAAACAAAAGUGUGAAACUAUGUUUAAUGAAUAUAUUUAUUUACAACGAAACUAUUAUUAUAUGAUGAAAUUAAUGACAAAAAAAGAAAAUGAAUUGAAAAAAUCUUCGUCUAUCGUUGAAAAAAACAAUCGCUAUUUUAUGUCUUGA